GGGAAAUUGCCUCUAAGAAUAUCAGACCUGGGCCAUAAGUUAGAAUGGCAAUAGCAGUUUGAUACUACUCUGGCUGAAAUUGUCAGAAAUUGUCUGAAAUUGUCUUCUCAUUGUAGCAACUUCCACAGAAAGAGAAGUGGUUUCCGUGAUUUUCACUUUUGUACAUGCAAAUGUACAAACUUAUCUUGGACUUGGGAAACCUUUAUAUCAAGGACUUGAGGAUAGGGAAUAGAUUGUUCCACAGAGAGAACUGCAGCUCUCUGAUAUGAACAGGCAGAGUAAGAGCCUGCAUCUGUAAGCUGACAUUCAGGAAACUGAUCACAAAUGUUAAGGGCUGAGAGUGGCUUUGUUAUUAGCAAAAGUCUCCAGAAAACCAAAGCAUCCUUCAUCCUUGAGGAAACAACCUUGGAGAAUAUCAACAUUAUUGACGCAGAUUGGGUGCCUUUUUGAAGGAUGUCAUCCUAGUCACUCUUUCUGAGGAAGUCAGACCCAUGCCACAUGUGGUGUAAAACUCAGUGAGAGGGCACUGCCUCUGCUUUCCAGGCUGUGCAAUGUUCCCUAUGCAGCUCCAGAGUGUUUGCUUCUGCUUGGAUGUAUCCAAGUGUUUGGAUGUAAAGCUGUGCAAACAAAUUACUAAUCUCCUUUGAAUGCUUAGGCAAGCCGGCACAUCUCUGGCCUGGCAGCACAGCCUUCCUCAUCACUCUCAUCCUGGUUCUGCAGCAUGUAUUUUGAGUUAAAGAUAGGAGCCUCUCCACGUCAGUAGGGCUAUUUGCAUCCCUUGGGUACAGCUGUAUCCCAGCUUUGGGAAAUGGUUACCAAACAACAACAGAAAAAACCCAAACAGCCCAAGCCCCCAGAACCAAAGAGAAGAAGUGCUGAGCAGAAAGCCUUCAGUAGGUGUAAAUAUGAAUGCAGGAAAUUGUUUGAAUGAUUUCCGUUUUACCAAACUAAGCACCCACAGGGAUUGCACUAGGACUUGUAACUGCAGUUGAGUAAAAUAAACCUUGUUACCACAAGAGCAGCAGUUCAGUGAAAGAAACUAUCAACAAGUUAAUUCAGCAUCAGCAGAGGAAGAGUUUCCAACAUUUAAGGGCUGCUGUCACAGAGGAUUAAAAAUUAAUCCAAAAAGGAACAGCCUAUGAAUCCUUGUGCCAUUAAUUUUAAUCCAGUUUCAACAGUCUGGAGGUGAAUGUUCCUACACGCACAUGGGAAAAGAAAAGUAUUCUUGAGGAAAAUCAUGGCCAGAAACGUUAUUUUUCUGGGGAAGAACAACUACUGAGGAGAAACGUGAGAAAAGCCCAGUUAUGCACUUCGUUUGCGCCAUAUUGGGAAAUUUCUCCUCACAGCCUUUCCCGCUGCUUUUGUGAUCAGGGCGGACAGCCCUUCAGCACCUGCGGCAAUUAACGCCACCUUCUGCCGGAGGGAGGCGGGACGGCCCGAGAGCCGCUGCCCGCCUGCCCCGCCCGCCCCCGCACCGGAAUAAGAGGCGGCGGCGGCGCAGGACGGACCCAGAGCGAUGGGUACCAUCAUGGGAGCUGGGCGAGCGGCGGGGCUGCUGCUGGUUGUGCUACUGACGAUGCCUGGAGCCCAAGCGAACUGUGGGGAGAGAGAGUACUCCCAUCUGGGUCUCUGCUGUGUGUUUUGUGAAGCAGGUACCUUUGUUGCUGAUCACUGCAAUGCUUCACAUUUGCAAGGAAAAUGUGACCCUUGCAAGGAAGGAAAAAGCUUUACUGCCCAUGCCAACGGCUUGGAGCAAUGUUUGACUUGCAGACAGUGCAAAGAAGAUCAGAUAACUCUGAGACCCUGUACCCUGACACAGAAUGCUGAAUGCCAGUGCAAACCAGGGUAUUUCUGUGAAGAUGAGGGCUGUGAAAUAUGUCGGAGAAUCAGUCAAGAGCAUCUGGACGGGAAAGAAAUCAUGAAUUCCACUGAUACCACGGCUCGAGACUUAACUAAUCAAGUGAAGGAAGCUCAUGUUUGGUUUCUGGUGCUUGUGUCGGCUGCUUUGGUUUUCCUUGUCAUCGUCGUUGUUGUUCUUGUUAAAAAGCUGAAGUGUAAUAAAGCUGCUGCAACUGUUAAAGAUAUAGAGGGGCAUCUGAUCUCUGCUAGGAUGUGUUCCUGUGGUGCAACAAGUUGUGAUUCAUGCAAGAUAUGACAUCCAAGUCAGAUAAUUGUUAAAGAUCUCUCUCAACAUGGUAAGUAUCCCAUAAAUUGGCUGUACUUGGAAUUUGGUUUUAUUUCCUGUUGACUUCAGUCUACUUACGGAAUAGUAUAAAGAGGCUAAUGAAUAUUGCUUAGAGCUAUAAGGCUUCCAGUUUAUUGUAAAAUGUGCUGAAACAGGAUUAUUGCUGCAUUUGUAAUCGCUGUGGUGAACUGCUCUACUUUGGAGCAUGACUUUUCUGUAUGGGAGUAUAGCACAGUCAUGAUUUUAAGAAUGGUACCAAUUUUUGAAAAAAGUUUUAAACUGAGUCUGCAUUGCAGCAGUGCACUCUGCUUUACUGAGUGAGGUGUAGGUCAGAGUGAGAGACCUCUCUGUCAAAUGUCCCCUCACAUGGAAGAGCACAUCAAACCUCCAUACACCCUCCUGUAGGCAGAAAAUGGUUGUGCUGGAUGUCCAAGUGAUGGGUUUUGCUCGUGGUGGUCUUGGUGUGGCCAACCGGUGCCAGCAGCAUGAUGAAGUAGUUAAAACUUCCUCUUCAGUAGCCCUGCCAAGGGAACAUGCCAGCCAAUGAAGCCUUCCUCAAAACCAGACAGUGGAUGGUGUCCUGCCUUAGGAGACCACUACUGAGAAUGCACCAAUACCUUUAGCUACUUUCAAGACCACUUAAUAGAAAAAUUAUUUGUCCUGCUGCUUCUUAGGUGCCAAACCCAGCUGCCUUGCUGCUGCUGUUUGGUCUGUGCAGGUAUUGGCUGAAAAUUAAGGGGAAAGUAUGUGUGUGAGCUAUGGAAAAAAAAAACCCUGUGUUUUAAAGUCCAAGCUGAUGUGUGUUGUGUGUUUCUUCUUGCAGAACUGAGAAAGGCCUUUGGUGUCUUUACAAAGGAAGUACCACCACAACAGUGGAAGCAGCUUAUGAGAACUCUUCUACAGGAAAAUGAUAUUGAUAAAGUUAUAUCUAAAUUUCCUAAUAACAGAGAAGAACAAUCAUAUCAGAUGCCUCUCAUCUGGAAAAAGAGACUGGAAAAGAAGCAAUGUAUUAUUUAUUUACUGGAUGCAUUGAGGUACAUAGAUACCAAGGUUUAUUACAGUGUAUUAAAUACUUUAAAAAGUCAUAACACUGUAAGUAGAAGCUGAAGAUUAAUGUUUAUGAGGAACUGCAAAAAUGUUCCUGUGUACAUAUGUGUGUCUUCAGACUUCCUUAAAUGAGGGUGUCAGGAACUGCUGGUAGAAAUAGUUAGCCUCCUCAACUCAUGGAGACAACUGGAAGGGAUGUAAUACCUCUGUUUUUUUCAUGUUUACAUGACCUUCCUACCUCUGAGUCAUAAAAUAUUAAACACAGGUGCUGGAUGCCCACUUCGGAGCCAGGAGCUGGGACAUCCCUUAGUUUGUGACAGUGCUGUCCCAACCUGCGGGCGGGUACCAGGCGUCCGCUGCUGUUUUUGCGUACUGCGAUGCUUUAGUUUCCGAAACCAUUUUGUGUUGUAUCGGAGUGCUCAGCACCACUGUGUUUGAAGCACAGCAAUAAAAC